AUGCCCGGUGUCCCUCCUGAUGCUCUUCAGCAAUUGAAGAAGGGCUUGAAGGCCAUUUUCUCACGCAGAAAGAAGAAGGCUCAGAACAAACAAACUGAGCCUGCCCCGGCUGCGGACAAGCCUGUAGAACAACCAGCAACCGUACCGGCCGCUGGCGCUGCUGCUGCGGCCGCUGUUCCUGCCACGGAAACCAAGACAGCAGAGCCAGCUCCUGCUACCGACCCUAAGCCUGAGCACGCAGCCGUAGCAGAUAAGUCAACAGAGGCGGCAACACAACCCACCGAGACGCAGCCCGGGCCCUCCACUACCCCAGCCCCCGAGACGAAGACAGAGGCUCCUGCUCCCGAGCCCACGACAGCCGCUACUGCUGCUGCUCCCAGUGUUCCGGAGACAACUACUUCCGCGGCUGCUCCAGCGGAAACUACCCCUGCUGUCCCAACCCCGGCUGCUGAGCCUGCUGCUGGAAAGCCCGCUGAGACUGCGGAGCCGCCCAAGACCGAGGAAGCCAAAUAA